AUAAAAUGCUGCUGGAGCAGAGCCUACAAUUAAACUAUCCUCUGGAACAGGAGUGAUCCAUUAAACGAGGAAAAAAUAGCCGUUUGAAGGAUGAGGGUGCUAUUCACAACUCUUAUCGCCGCAGCAGUCAUUAUGACAGCAAAUUCAUGGCCAUUAGAGCAUGAACAACUACCUGCUGCAUAUGAGUAUUAUCUGCAGCAAUUGAUGAGUGACAGGAAUGAAGAGAUUUCUAAUACUUUUGCUGCAGAACUGCAGGUGAACAAAAAUUACGGCGACAGUCUCCAAACUCAGUACACCCUUCCCGUUGAAUCUCUCACAGUAGUGUUCAGGAACCCUGAGUCUGGUCGAGUGGGGCUGACUCUGGUCACCGACAACGGCGACUUUGUCCUCCGUGUUGCUCUUCGGGUUAACUACAGAGGCUCUACAAAAGCCUUGUUUAUUAACACACGAAAGAAUAACGUCUGGGGAUCGAUAGUACCAUUCCGAAACUUCCCAUUUCCAACAGGUUCUGUGUCUACGACGAUUUCUAUGACGGUUACUGUUAAAGAUAGUAAGUUUGUCAUAACUGCCAACGAAAUUAAGAUAGCCGACUUUCCAUACCGUGGAUCUCUGACCUACAACAAAGUGGCCAAAAUCUUGUGGGGUGCCAAUGAAGGCACAGCCACAAAGAAAUCAAAGUUGGAGAAGAUCUCAAUCUCGUUUCCUUAA